AAGCUGGAAAGCUGGAAGGAAUUUAUAGGUUGGAAUUGUUACCGACACGACGUCGUUGUCAUGCUGCUUUUUGGAUCAUCAAGAGGGUAGAGAGAGAGAGAGAGAGGGUUGAAAAUGGUUUGGAUCAUUUCCACUCGGGUUCGGUCCCCUUCGUCUUUGGGAGGCUCUGAGCUUCGUACACUCAGCCACGGACAUAGCCAGAGAUAGCCUUAGCCUCCUCUUCUUAGCUUCGUUUUUAGCCUUUAGCGAGCGACCGAGCGAGAGAGAGAGAGAGAGAUAGAGGGUUUUGUUCAAACCCUCUCCUCUCUCACCGUGCAAAAUCCCCCCCAUCGUUGCUCUGCAAUCGAUUUCUAAUCCCUCUCCCUGCAAAAACUUGGAAAAAAGCUGGAUGUCAGUAUUGGCAAUAGCAUUCCUGCAGUGCUUGUGUCGAUGUUUAUGGUGAUACUCUGAGAGACAGAUAUAUUACUAUAUCAUUUUUAGCAUGCAGUGAUGUGUCCUUAGUCAUUCAAAAUCUUGGCCAAAAUGUGGAAUUUCGCAUCCAGUUGCAUAGCUGGAAAUGUUGGAUUGAAGAAUGACUCUUUAAAGCCAACACAAUCUAGCUGUGAAUGUUCUGAUGACGACGUUUCCUCUGUUGUUGGCAGAGAGGAAGGACUAGAGUGUCCGAUAUGCUGGGAAUCCUUCAACAUUGUUGAAAAUGUGCCUUAUGUCUUAUGGUGUGGACAUACCCUUUGUAAAAAUUGCAUUCUGGGACUGCAAUGGGCUGUUGUGAAAUUCCCCACCCUGCCGAUUCAGCUACCACUGUUUAUAUCUUGCCCAUGGUGCAAUCUGUUAUCCUUCCGUCUCGUUUACAGGGGAAAUCUCAGAUUCCCUCGCAAGAACUACUUUCUUCUCUGGAUGGUUGAAAGCAUGAAUGGUGAUCGAGUGAAGGCUCAUUCAACCUACUCCGAAGAUCAUCAGCCUGUUUGGCCAGUAAGUGGCAAUGCAUCCAUGGGAAGUCAGGUUAGCCAUGGUAGCCUUAGGAGGGGACAGCAUAUUCGUCAUCCUGAACCAUCGGGAGCAAAUGGUCAUGCCCAUGUCAGCAAUUACUUUACUGUGGAAAGGUUACAUUCUUCCCUGCGCAAAUCGCUGUUUUUCUUCAUUCAUUUGACAGCAAAGUUCCCAUUGAUCGUGAUAUUUCUUCUGAUCGUCUUAUAUGCAAUACCUGCUAGCGCAGCAAUACUGGCUCUGUACAUACUUGUCACGGUUCUGUUUGCUCUUCCAUCAUUUCUCAUAUUGUACUUUGCAUAUCCUAGUUUGGAUUGGCUCGUGAGAGAAAUUGUCACCUGAGAUGCUAUAUGCUUCGGCCUUUUGCAAGCGUUGUUUAUAGAAGUUUGCUUCUAGGCAGAUGGCACCCCCUCACGUUAGUACUAGUAGUUUGAAAUCCGACGACCUACCGAUAUCCAAACUUCCAGAAGAUCUCUGUCCAAAAACCACCUUAAUUUUCCUUGUCAUGCAUCUUGAGAGUCGAUUCAGCUCGUGCAAAAGUUGGAUUGGGGAAUGUUCCUUUCUUGAAGUUUCACAAAUACCUGAUUUGUCAACAAAUAGUUGUUUUUGUGGAUAUUCAAGUUCUCAUGUGAGAAUAUCAUUAAUUCUAGGUAAUUAUAUCAGGGAUGCGUCCCAUAAGUUCAAGUUCUUGUAUGUAUGGAGAGUGUCUAAGAAACGUAUGUGCAAUAAAUCUAUAUCACAAUUCCAUGCCUGUUAUGUAAUAUAAUUUCAGUUGAUUUUUGUUUUC